AGGCGGUGGCGGCGGCGGCCCCGGGAGCGGCCGAAGGGGCUGAGCGUAGCCCCAAGGACCCGCGAAGAAUCGGCGGCCCGAGCCACGGUACGGGCCCGUGCCGGGCUGCCCUAGCCACCAUGGAGGACGGAGUCUAUGUGCCCCCGGACCUGACCCCCGAGGAGCGCCUGGAGCUGGAGAGCAUCCGGCGGCGCAAGCAGGAGCUGCUGGUGGAGAUCCAGCGCCUCCGGGAUGAGCUGAGCGAGGCCAUGAGCGAAGUGGAGGGGCUGGAGGCCAACGAGGGCAGUAAGACCCUGCAGAGGAACCGCAAGAUGGCCAUGGGCCGGAAGAAAAUUACAUGGGACCCCAAGAAGGGAAUCCAGUUCCUGGUGGAGAAUGAGCUGCUCCAGAACACACCCGAGGAGAUUUCCCGCUUCCUGUACAAGGGCGAGGGGCUCAACAAGACAGCGAUUGGAGACUACCUGGGGGAGCGGGAGGAGCUGAAUCUGGCAGUCCUGCACGCCUUCGUUGACCUGCACGAGUUCACAGACCUCAACCUGGUGCAGGCGCUGAGACAGUUCCUGUGGAGCUUCCGACUUCCCGGGGAGGCCCAGAAGAUCGACCGCAUGAUGGAGGCUUUUGCCCAGCGCUACUGCCUGUGUAACCCGGGGGUCUUCCAGUCCACAGACACCUGCUACGUCCUCUCAUUCGCUGUGAUCAUGUUAAACACCAGCCUCCACAACCCUAAUGUGCGGGACAAGCCGGGUGUCGAGAGGUUCAUCACCAUGAACCGGGACAACGAUGGUGGGGACCUGCCCGAGGAGCUGCUCAGGAACUUGUACGAUAGCAUCCGCAACCGAGCCUUUUAAGAUCCCGAGGACGAUGGCAAUGACCUGACCCACACCUUUUUCAACCCUGACCGCGACGGCUGGCUCCUCAAACUAGGAGCCCACCCCCCGCCCCCUCCUUCCCUUACAGGGGGCCGGGUGAAGACCUGGAAACGACGUUGGUUCAUUCUCACUGACAACUGUCUCUACUACUUUGAGUAUACCACGGUGAAAGAACCCCGGGGGAUCAUCCCCUUGGAGAAUCUGAGCAUCAGAGAAGUGGAGGAUCCUCGGAAGCCGAACUGCUUUGAGCUCUACAUUCCAAACAACAAGGGCAGCUCAUUAAGGCCUGUAAGACGGAGGGCUGAUGGACGUGUGGUGGAGGGCAACCACAUGGUGUACCGCAUCUGCCCAACGCAGGAGGAGAAGGACGAGUGGAUUAAAUCCAUCAAGGCUGCUGUCAGUGUGGACCCCUUCUACGAGAUGCUGGCAGCCCGAAAGAAGAGGAUCUCAGUCAAGAAGAAACAGGAGCAGGCCUUGAUCCAGGCAGGGGCCUAGCCCACCUCCCCUGCCCAUCCCCCUGCUGACCCCCCAUUCUUCCCCAAAGGCAAUAACCCCACUGCCCCAACCCUGGCCCCUGGCCCUGCCUUCCACUUAUUUAUUGGGGGCUGAGGGGCCGGACCCCUGGGUGCCCCAACGCCCUCUCUUGGGGCAAAGGAGAUUUUCUACUCGUGGUUUCUCUUCAUUUAUUUGUAAUUAAUUCAUUAUUAUAUUAUUAUUAAUAU